CGUUCGUCCUCAGUGUAGGAUAACGAAGUGGUCUUCUCCUUCACUUCCUCUGAAAAAACGAGUAAUUUUAUUUUUAAAGUGACACAUUAGAAUAGCUUCGCUGCUCUUAUCCUGCCCUCUACACAACCCACGGGGACGAUUUUGCCAACGGGAGUGAAGUUUUAAGAGACGCUUUGACAAUCAUCACCACUGCUGAUUAUGGAUGUGAUAGUGCGUCGCUGUCCAUUCCUGGCUCGUGUACCUCAGGCCUUCUUCCAGCAAUCCAAGAAAUCUCUGGUGGUGUAUGCCCAGCGAUGCCCUAUCAUGAUGGAGCUGGCUGCCAAACCCAUGGCCCCUUCAAUGGCACGGGCUCUCUGCUCCUCGUCCUCUCACCAGACAACUGAGAGCACCAUGACUGCCAGUGAUGCCCCCAAACAAGAGGGGGAGUGCAAGCUGCCUGUUGGUCACCCUAUGCCACCCACAGGCCAGGUAGUGGCCUCCAAAUGCCCUUUCCUGGCUGCCGAGAUGGGCCAGAAGAACAGUGUAGUUCGUCAGGUUGGCAUAGAGUUCCAAGAGGAUGUGCAGGAAGUUCGCACUGUCCAGAAAGAAGUUUCACCUGUCCAGCUGAAGCAGCAAUCCUUGCCCAUUGCCACUAAAGGAGAGGAGCCAACUAAUCUAAUGAAGACCCUCCUGAAACAGCGACCUAAGAGGGUCACUCACUUGCUGCAGGACAACUUGCUAGGCAAAAUGUCCCGCUUCCAUUAUGAUGACUUUUUUGAGAAGAAGAUAGAGGAGAAGAAGAGCGAUCACACAUAUCGCGUGUUUAAGACCGUGAACCGCCGGGCCACUGAGUUCCCAAUGGCCGACGACUUCACAGGCUCUCUAGAUGAAAAGAGGGAGGUGUCUGUCUGGUGCAGCAACGACUACCUGGGCAUGAGUCGACACCCUCGAGUCGUCCAAUCCAUCAUGGAUACUUUACAAAAGCAUGGAUCAGGGGCAGGAGGCACCAGGAACAUCUCUGGGACCAGCAAAUUCCAUGUGGAGCUGGAACAUGAACUGGCUGACCUUCACAAGAAGGAUGCUGCACUGCUGUUCACCUCCUGCUUUGUCGCCAAUGACUCCACCCUCUUCACCCUCGCCAAGAUGCUGCCAGGUUGUGAAAUCUACUCUGAUGCCGGCAACCACGCCUCAAUGAUUCAGGGUAUCAGGAACAGUGGUGCUAAGAAACUCAUUUUCCGCCACAAUGACGUGGCCCACCUGAGGGAGCUGCUGCAGAAGGCAGACCCCACAAAACCGAAGAUAGUGGCCUUUGAGACCGUUCACUCCAUGGAUGGUGCUGUGUGUCCACUGGAGGAGAUGUGUGAUGUGGCCCACGAGUUUGGAGCCAUCACCUUCGUAGAUGAGGUCCAUGCUGUGGGCCUGUAUGGCGCCAGAGGAGGGGGCAUCGGAGACAGGGAUGGUGUCAUGCACAAGAUAGAUAUCGUCUCAGGGACACUAGGCAAGGCCUUCGGCUGUGUGGGCGGCUACAUCGCGAGCACUUCUGCUCUGGUGGACACGGUGCGUUCUUAUGCCGCCGGUUUCAUCUUCACCACCUCUCUGCCACCGAUGCUGUUAGCUGGAGCCAGGCAGUCGAUCCAGGUUCUGAAAGGAGAAGAGGGACGCGCACUGAGGCGUAAGCACCAGCGCAACGUCAAGCUGCUCAGACAGAUGCUAAUGGACUCGGGGCUGCCUGUUGUGCACUGCCCCAGCCACAUCAUCCCUGUCCGGGUUUCGGAUGCCGAGAAAAACACUGAAGUGUGUGACAUUAUGAUGAGUCGCCAUAACAUCUACGUGCAGGCCAUCAACUAUCCCACUGUUGCCAGGGGAGAUGAGCUUCUGCGCAUCGCCCCAACUCCUCACCACACCCCUGAGAUGAUGAAAUACUUUGUUGAGAGGCUGGUGCAAACCUGGAAGGAGGUUGGUCUAGAGCUGAAGCCCCACUCAUCAGCAGAGUGCACGUUCUGCCAGCAGCCACUGCACUUUGAGCUGAUGAGCGAACGAGAAAAGUCUUACUUCAGUGGCCUCAGCCACCCUAUCUCAGCCUGCGCAUAACACUACUCGCUACUGCUGGCUCGAGACGGCACAUACACACUCAAAGCUCAUUCCUCUAUCACUGUCAUAGAAUGUAUUAAUUAUCUUCGUACACACAUUAUUUAAAAUAUUCUAUGUUCAGAUGUUCUAUAUGCUCUAAAUAAAGUAUAAGACAAAAGUAA